AUGGAUAUAGACGAAUGCACUGCAAAUACUGACAACUGUGACGAUACAAAUGGCAUAUGCACGAAUACUGCAGGAUCAUUUACUUGUUCGUGUAACGAUGGAUAUGAACUUGAUGCUGAUGGUUUUACAUGUACAGAUAUAGAUGAAUGCACUGCAAAUACUGACAACUGUGACGAUACAAAUGGCGUUUGCACGAACACUGCAGGAUCAUUUACUUGUUCGUGUAACACUGGAUACGAACUUGAUGCUGAUGGUUUUACAUGUACAGAUAUAGACGAAUGCACUGCAAAUACUGACAACUGUGACGAUACAAAUGGCAUAUGCACGAAUACUGCAGGAUCAUUUACUUGUUCGUGUAACGCUGGAUAUGAACUUGAUGCUGAUGGUUUUACAUGUACAGAUAUAGACGAAUGCACUGCAAAUACUGACAACUGUGACGAUACAAAUGGCGUUUGUACGAACACUGCAGGAUCAUUUACUUGUUCGUGUAACACUGGAUACGAACUUGAUGCUGAUGGUUUUACAUGUACAGAUAUAGACGAAUGCACUGCGAAUACUGACAACUGUGAUGAUACAAAUGGCAUAUGCACGAAUACUGCAGGAUCAUUUACUUGUUCGUGUAACGCUGGAUAUGAACUUGAUGCUGAUGGUUUUACAUGUACAGAUAUAGACGAAUGCACUGCAAAUACUGACAACUGUGACGAUACAAAUGGCAUAUGCACGAAUACUGCAGGAUCAUUUACUUGUUCGUGUAACGCUGGAUAUGAACUUGAUGCUGAUGGUUUUACAUGUACAGAUAUAGACGAAUGUACUGCAAAUACUGACAACUGUGACGAUACAAAUGGCAUAUGCACGAAUACUGCAGGAUCAUUUACUUGUUCGUGUAACGCUGGAUACGAACUUGAUGCUGAUGGUUUUACAUGUACAGAUAUAGACGAAUGCACUGCAAAUACUGACAACUGUGACGAUACAAAUGGCAUAUGCACGAAUACUGCAGGAUCAUUUACUUGUUCGUGUAACGCUGGAUAUGAACUUGAUGCUGAUGGUUUUACAUGUACAGAUAUAGACGAAUGCACUGCGAAUACUGACAACUGUGACGAUACAAAUGGCAUAUGCACGAAUACUGCAGGAUCAUUUACUUGUUCGUGUAACGCUGGAUAUGAACUUGAUGCUGAUGGUUUUACAUGUACAGAUAUAGAUGAAUGCACUGCAAAUACUGACAACUGUGACGAUACAAAUGGCGUUUGUACGAACACUGCAGGAUCAUUUACUUGUUCGUGUAACACUGGAUACGAACUUGAUGCUGAUGGUUUUACAUGUACAGAUAUAGACGAAUGCACUGCGAAUACUGACAACUGUGAUGAUACAAAUGGCAUAUGCACGAAUACAGCAGGAUCAUUUACUUGUUCGUGUAACGCUGGAUAUGAACUUGAUGCUGAUGGUUUUACAUGUACAGAUAUAGACGAAUGCACUGCAAAUACUGACAACUGUGACGAUACAAAUGGCAUAUGCACGAAUACUGCAGGAUCAUUUACUUGUUCGUGUAACGCUGGAUUUGAACUUGAUGCUGAUGGUUUUACAUGUACAGAUAUAGACGAAUGCACUGCAAAUACUGACAACUGUGACGAUACAAAUGGCGCUUGCACGAACACUGCAGGAUCAUUUACUUGUUCGUGUAACGUUGGAUACGAACUUGAUGCUGAUGGUUUUACAUGUACAGAUAUAGACGAAUGCACUGCGAAUACUGACAACUGUGACGAUACGAAUGGCAUUUGCACGAACACUGUGGGAUCAUUUACUUGUUCGUGUAACGCUGGAUAUGAACUUGAUGUUGAUGGUUUUACAUGUACAGAUAUAGACGAAUGCAGUGCAAAUACUGACAACUGUGACGAUACAAAUGGUGGAUGCACAAAUACUGCAGGAUCAUUUACUUGUUCGUGUAACGCUGGAUAUAAACUUGAAGCUGAUGGUUUUACAUGUACAGAUAUAGAUGAAUGCACUGCAAAUACUGACAACUGUGACGAUACAAAUGGCGUUUGCACGAACACUGCAGGAUCAUUUACUUGUUCGUGUAACGCUGGAUAUGAACUUGAUGUUGAUGGUUUUACAUGUACAGAUAUAGACGAAUGCACUGCGAAUACUGACAACUGUGACGAUACAAAUGGCGUUUGUACAAACACUGCAGGAUCAUUUACUUGUUCCUGUAACACUGGAUACGAACUUGAUGCUGAUGGUUUUACAUGUACAGAUAUAGACGAAUGCACUGCAAAUACUGACAACUGUGGCGAUACAAAUGGCGUUUGCACGAACACAGCAGGAUCAUUUACUUGUUCGUGUGACUCUGGGUACGAGCUUGAUGCUGAUGGUUUUACAUGUACAGAUAUAGACGAAUGCACUGCGAAUACUGACAACUGUGACGAUACGAAUGGCGUUUGCACGAAUACUGCAGGAUCAUUUACUUGUUCGUGUAACGCAGGAUACGAACUUGAUGCUGAUGAUUUUACAUGUACAGAUAUAGACGAAUGCACUGCAAAUACUGACAACUGUGACGAUACAAAUGGCAUAUGCACGAAUACUGCAGGAUCAUUUACUUGUUCGUGUAACACUGGAUACGAACUUGAUGCUGAUGGUUUUACAUAUAUAGAUGAAUGUACUGCAGAUACUGACAACUGUGACGAUACAAAUGGCGUUUGCACAAAUACUGCAGGAUCAUUUACUUGUUCGUGUAACACUGGAUACGAACUUGAUGCUGAUGGUUUUACAUGUACAGAUAUUAGACGAAUGCACCUGCAAAUUACUGACAAUUGUGACGGAUACAAAUGGCGCUUGGCAACGAACACUGCAGGAUCAUUUACUUGUUCCUGUACACUGGAUACGAAACUUGAUGCUGAUGGUUUUACAUGUACAGAUAAAGACGAAUGCACUGCAAAUACUGACAACUGUGGCGAUACAAAUGGCGUUUGCACGAACACAGCAGGAUCAUUUACUUGUUCGUGUGACUCUGGGUACGAACUUGAUGCUGAUGGUUUUACAUGCACAGAUAUAGACGAAUGCACUGCAAAUACUGACAACUGUGAUGAUACAAAUGGCGUUUGCACAAACACUGCAGGAUCAUUUACUUGUUCGUGUAAAACUGGAUACGAACUUGAUGCUGAUGGUUUUACAUGUACAGAUAAAGAUGAAUGUACUGCAAACACUGACAACUGUGACGAUACAAAUGGCGUAUGCACAAACACUGCAGGAUCAUUUACUUGUUCGUGUAACACUGGAUACGAACUUGAUGCUGAUGGUUUUACAUGUACAGAUUUGGACGAAUGCACUGCAAAUACUGACAACUGUGACGAUACAAAUGGCGUAUGCACGAACACUGCGGGAUCAUUUACUUGUUCGUGUAACGCUGGAUACGAACUGGAAGCUGAUGGUUUUACAUGUACAGAUAUAGACGAAUGCACUGCAAAUACUGACAACUGUGACGAUACAAAUGGCGGAUGCACGAAUACUGUAGGAUCAUUUACUUGUUCGUGUAACACUGGAUACGAACUUGAUGCUGAUGGUUUUACAUGUACAGAUAUAGAUGAAUGCACUGCAAAUACUGACAACUGUGACGAUACAAAUGGCGUUUGCACGAACACUGCAGGAUCAUUUACUUGUUCGUGUAACGCUGGAUACGAACUUGAUGCUAAUGGUUUUACAUGUACAGCUACGUGUACCAAUGGUCCAUGUCAAAAUGGUGCGGCUUGUACCGUCGACAAUAAUCAACAUGUUUGUUCUUGCCUACCUGGAUAUGCCGGAGCCUUUUGCCAAACAGCUGCCUGUUCGAAUACACCUUGUCAGAAUGAUGGACAAUGUACCGUAACAGACAACAAAAUUAUCUGUACAUGUACCACAGGAUUUCAGGGAGAUUAUUGCCAAACAAAAAUAGCAACAUUACCGCUAGCAUAUGGUGCCGGUACAGGCCAAACACAGAUUACCUAUCCGAACAAAAAAGAUUGGUGUGAAAUGAUCAAUGACUUCGAAUGUCCAGUUAAAGUUGAUGACGUAUACAGAGACAAAUUUUAUAUAUGUGAAAAUGGUAUCGUUACCUUUAAUAACAAAUACAAGAAAAAUUCCGUUCCAUCAUCCGAUCAAGAAAGAACCAAAUUUAGAAGCAGAGAUAUAGUAGCUCCUUACUUUUCGAACAUUGAUGCCAGAACAGUUGGUGGCAUUUGGUACCGUCUAUAUAAUAAAGCCGAGUUAGCAAGUGACACUACAGUCAAUACCGAGAUAUCUGCCAUUCUUAAUGACGCAGGGUAUGGGUCGAUGGAUGUGUACUUUCUUCUCAUGGUCACGUGGGCUGAUGUAAAGGAAUACAAUGAGGCAGACGAUGCGACGUCCAGCUUCCAACUUAUAAUACUCUCCGAUGGAAAACAAAACACACUAGCUUUCUUCGCAUACCUUGACGGAAAAAUGAAUUUUGCAACAGAUGAAAACCAAAUUGGAUUUGCGUUUACUAACCAAGCCACAUCGUUAUCAAUCCGAGUAGAUGAACCAGUGGCGAGUUACACAAAUCUAGGACGCAGUGGCUUCGUGAUGUUUUCGUUAAACACUGGUUCGGAUACGACGAUUUCGGAUUGCUUUACAUGUAAGCAAUGGAUAGAAGAAGAAACAGAGUCAGUAGGAAAUUUAGUCACAAAUUGGAACAAUGUUCCUGCUUGUCCCUGUGAUAAAAAUACAAUACCAGCUGCCGGGUUUUUUGAGGAAAUAUCGGAUUCAUCAGCUACUAUUGACAUAUACAGCAUCAAGUCAAAUGAGGACUACAACUUUCAAGGAUCGACAUGUACCUACGAGUCAAGUGCAUUCAUAUCUUCCGGUGACAACGUUGGCUUUAGAACAGAAUACAAUUCGUUAACGUCGGACAAUACUGAUUAUUAUAAUGCAGAGGUUGCUAUGCGGACAAAAUGUUGCAAUGUCGGGCUAUGCAACGACUUCCACGUCGUGCGCCCGAGAAACACUAACUGCUCGACAACAGCUGGUGUCCUAGUCGGUGGUGGAACCGGUGAUCCACAUAUAACCACCCCUGAUGGAAAAUCCUUCACAUUCAAUGGCGAAGCUGAAUAUACAAUGUUGUCUGUACAAAAGGAAGGAGUAGACUUUGUUUUACAAGCAAGAACAUCUCCAUUCCUUAGUGAUGAUGGAAAAUCUGUUGGUGCCACUGUUUUCACGGCGUUCGCUGCUAAAGACAAAUUCGGCAAAUCUCGAUGCAAUAUUGAACUCAACAAGAACACAGAUGCGGGAAUGGAUAUCAGAGUGAAUGGUAAAUCCUUCACCUCUAAAUUUGCAACAGAGUCGACAUUUUCGGCGUCGGAAGGAGCUGUUUCGUUGGAUAAACGAAAUGGUGCUUUAACGAUUAGCUUUCCGAAGUUAGGAAUUAGCUUCACUGUGGAAGUGAAGCUUAAGAAAUUGCUCACAAUUUCCGUGGCAGUUCCAGAAAUUUAUAAAGGUCUACCGAAGGGACUUAUGGGAAAUGCGAACAGUGACCCUGCCGAUGACUUUACUUAUCCAAACGGAACUGUUCUACCUACCAGUGCUACAGAAAGAGAAAUAUUUAGCUACGGACAAACUUGGAUGAUAACCAGCAGUGACGAGUCAGUGUUUGAAUAUCCGCCCGGUGGAAGUUUUCUAGAUUUUCAGAACUUAAAUCCCACGGUUAAUUUCCUUGACGAAGCUGACCAAGCAUUAGUUACUGAGGCUACGACCUUCUGUGGAGAAGCCAACAUUCCUUGUAUAUUUGAUAAAGUUUUCACCGGAAGUGACGCGGUAGCAGAAGACACGAAAGUUGUAAGUAAGGAGCAAGAAGAUACUCAGAAGCUUCUUGAAAAUGUGGCCCCUUCACUAAACCUUGAAGUAACAACUACCGGAAGAUUACAAGUAGAAAAGGACAAAGAGGUAAAUGUUGGUGUAAUUGGAGCAGACGACGGUGAUAUUACCUUCAAAUUUAUCAGCGGUGACAACGUAGCUACGUUAUCAGAUGGUAGUACAGAUAAGUCGAAGAUUGUAAAAGUACUUUUCACAGACGUAACACCGAGCACAAUAAGCUUGGUAGCCACCGAUAGUUUUGGAGUCCAGUCACCAUUGCUCGUACUCGAUGUGAUACUGUGCACGGGCUGUAGCGGUAAUGGACAAUGUGAUUACAGUAAAACAAGGACCUUAAUCUCAGCAACAGGAGGUUUCAACCUAGCUCAAUGCACGUGCGAUGACUAUCACGAGGGAGAUGACUGCGAAAGAGACCUUAAUGGUUGCGAAGGCGACCCUUGUUCACUCGACCGUGAAUGUACAGAUGUUAUCGCUGCUACACACGAGUCGACCGGAAAUGCUUUCACGUGCGGUGCAUGUCCGACUGGUUACACUACAAGUGACCAAGAUUGCAUAGAUAUUAAUGAAUGUACUGGUGGUUCAAACCCGUGCAGUGAUAUUUGUGAGAAUACCAUAGGAAGUUAUGUCUGUAAAUGUAAUGAGGGCAGACGUGCAAAGGAUGCUACAACAUGUAUAGAUAUCAACGAAUGUGAAGAAGCGACGAGUAAUUGUGAGCAAAUUUGUACAAACACAGACCCAGGUUUCACGUGCAGCUGUAAUGAUGGUUAUAACUACGAUGCUUCUGCAAACACGUGCACUUUAUCUGACGCUGCGUUAUGUGCCACUUCAGGAUGUUCCACUGGAAAUGGUGGAUGUCUUGUGGAAAAUGGCGACACUAAAUGUUUCUGUAACAAAGGGUACAAGCUUGGAGAAGACGGGAAAGCUUGUGAAGAUAUCAAUGAAUGCGAUCAGAAUGUUUGUUCCGGCACGUGCGAAAAUACGGAAGGGUCCUACACGUGUGGAUGUUACACAGGUUUUAUACUGAAUGCUGAUAAAACCACGUGUUCAGCAUGUUCAUCCGGAUUUUGGGGAGAGAACUGUGGUCAGUCAUGUACAUGCAGCAGUCUAGGCUCAUCAAAAUGUGACAAUGUUAAAGGAUGUAUUUGUAAGACUGGAUGGGAAGGAACGGACUGCACUGUUAAUGUUAACGAAUGUCUCGUGGCUAACAUAUGUAAUGAUGAUUAUAAAACUUGUGUGGAUACACCAGGCUCCUAUAGAUGUGAUUGUAUACAACAUUAUCAGUUGAAUACGACAACUAACAAAUGUGAUGAUGUAAACGAAUGUCUAAAUGCUGACUUAAACACAUGUCAACAAAAAUGUACGAACACAGAUGGCGGAUUCUUCUGUGAAUGUAACGAAGGAUACAAGAAAGAUUCAACUGACGCCACCAAAUGUGUUGACGUGAAUGAGUGUGAGAUAGGAAACACAGGGUGCGAGCAAACAUGUGAAAAUUCCGUCGGAUCUUACAGUUGUCUCUGUUAUUUUGGAUAUUCUCUGAACACAGACCAAAAAAAGUGCACACAACUUUCGGCUGACACAGUGUGCUCGAACCAGGGUCUGAAUUGUAGCGGUUACUGUCAGGUUGGUACGGCAACUGCCCAGUGCGCAUGUCCAGCAGGCUCAGUGCUUGCCGCAGACGACAAGCAGUCAUGCUUGGAUAUAAAUGAAUGCGAAGAUAGUAACCUGAACAAGUGUGAAUAUCCAGACACGUGUAAAAAUGUAAAUGGCGGUUACACGUGUACGUGUCCAACUGGUCAAUUUCUGGAAAGCGACGGAAUCACGUGUACAGUUUGUGACGCGUUUCAUUACGGAGAAAACUGCUUACAAGAGUGUAAAUGUGGGGUCGGGGCAGCUAGGUGUGAUCCUAUAACAGGUUGUGUAUGUAAAGAUGGUUGGACCGGUGAAAAGUGUGAUUUAGACAGGAAUGAAUGUGACGCAGCAACUAGCCCGUGCACACGUGCCAAUACUGUGUGUACUAACACGCCCGGCAGUUUUACCUGCCCCUGUAAGGAUGGAUAUUUCAAUAAUACGAACGGCCAAUGUGAAGACACAGACGAGUGCAACAAUCCUCAGCUGAACACGUGCGCUCAAAUAUGUGACAACCACCCUGGAAGUUUCACGUGCAGUUGUAGAGAUGGUUAUACCAAAAAUGGCAACGCCUGUGACGAUAUUGACGAAUGUACCGGAAUCAAUGACUGUAGUCAAAUAUGUAACAACUUUGAGGGCAGUUACAAAUGUUCUUGUAACCCUGGAUAUAUACUGAGUGAAGAGGACCAGAAAACAUGCACAGUGCAAUCUGAGUGUGAUGCGGCAAACAGUUGCGGCGCUAACACCGACUGCUUACUCGAACAAAGUCAAGAGUCAUGUCCCUGCAAAAAGGGAUUUGAAAAGGCAAACGAGGCUGAUAAAACUUGUACAGAUAUUGAUGAAUGUAGCCCAACAAAUCCAUGUGUUAACGGAAAUUGUAACAACAACGACGGCGGGUUUACAUGUACUUGUUCCAGAGGUUUCAAACUGGCCAAUGAUCUUAUCACGUGCACACCAUGUGAGUUAGGAUCGUUUGGUGUUAACUGUGGCGAGACUUGUGCAUGCAAAGAAAGCAACACGGACACGUGUAAUGCUGAUACAGGUGCAUGCACGUGUAAAACUGGAUGGACAGGAAGUGACUGUGGCACUGAUAUUGAUGAAUGCACAGAUAAUACAAAUCCUCAUAAUUGUCCUGAAAACUCUGACUGUAUAGACACUGAAGGCUCGUUUGUUUGUGACUGUGUUGAUGGGUUCUUCAAAAAUAUUGAGAACAAAUGUGAAGUGUGCGACUCCAAGCAUUUUGGAAAGAAUUGUGUCCAAGUAUGUACCUGUAAUUUUGCCAAUACCGAGACUUGUGACUCACAAACUGGAUCGUGCGCCUGCAUGACGGGCUGGAAGGGCGACACGUGUUCUGAUGACGUGAACGAAUGCUCAACGACAAACCCGUGCACGGAAACACAUAAAACUCAAUGUAGUAAUAGUGUCGGUUCUUUCACGUGUCAAUGUGAUUCCGGAUUUGAGUUAGAUGAGAACGACAACUGUGUUGACACCAAUGAAUGUCAAAGAGGUACAAGUAACUGCAAUCAAAAAUGUACAAAUACAGAAGGAAGCUUUACUUGUUCAUGUGAUAUUGGAUACAGUGGAACCGGAAAUGAGUGUACAAAAUGUUCGGUUGAUAAGUGGGGUGAACAAUGUGCCACAGAUUGCAAUUGUAACGCCGAUAAUUCUGAACGAUGUGAUCAUGUGACUGGAUGUAUUUGUGCUCCCGGUUGGCAAGGAGUCACGUGUACCGAUGAUAUUAACGAAUGCGAAACAGGAACAAAUAACUGCCCAGCAAACUCUAUUUGUACAAAUACAAUUGGAAGUCAUACAUGUGCAUGUAAACCUGGAUACGAAGUCACUCUUGGAGGAUGUGAAGCCUGUGAUUCUACCCACUAUGGAUCAGACUGCACUCAGGAAUGCACGUGCAAAGUAGAGAAUACUGAAUCAUGUAACUCUAUUGAUGGCGUGUGCACGUGUAAAACGGGAUGGAAAGGUGAAAACUGUUCAGUUGACAUCGACGAGUGCACGGAGGGUACGAACCCGUGUACGGAUGCGCACAAGACGCGGUGUGAGAACGCAGACGGGUCCUACAUGUGCUUGUGUGACGCAGGCUACGAGCUUAUCAACGACGUUUGUACAGAAAUUAAGGAAUGUGAAGGAAACCCUUGCGAGAAUGGCGCCACGUGCGUUGAUCUGAUACCUGGCUAUAACUGUACAUGUGUGGAUGGUUAUACAGGGACAAACUGUGAAACAGAUAUUGACGAAUGUGAGCCGGGACCGUGCAAGAACGGAGCAACGUGCAAGAAUGAAAUCAAUAAAUACAGCUGCACAUGCGCGGACGGAUAUACUGGAACUGACUGUGAAAAUGAAUGUGAAACGGGAAAAUGGGGACCUGCCUGUGCCAACACAUGUAAUUGUAACGACACUUCGUCAACCGGAUGUAGUAUCGUGACGGGUUGUCUAUGUAAGGACGGUUUUGAGGGCGCCACAUGUGCAGAUAUUAACGAGUGCUCAACUGGAACACACAGUUGUCCUGAACACGCCACGUGUACAAAUACAGCUGGGGGACAUGUAUGUGCCUGUAAUACCGGAUAUAAAACAGCAUUAAGUCGGUGUGAAGAAUGCACGGGUAACACAUUUGGAAAUGAAUGUAGCUCAUCUUGUGACUGUGCACAGGGCCAUACUGUCAGUACCACACAGCAAUGCGACCGUGUAAAUGGCACGUGCUAUUGUUUAGCCACGUGGGAAGGAACGCGGUGCGAGACUGAUAUUGACGAAUGCACAUUAGGAACGCAUAAUUGUAACAAGAGUAACGAAGGGUGCAGCAACAUCGAUGGUGGUUUCACAUGUUCCUGUAAAGUAGGUUUUGCAAGAAACAGCAGCGGAAUUUGUGUUACAGAUAAUACACCGACCCCAACAACAAUAGCUACACCAGCUGGACGUCAGAAGAUAAAUACAGUAUUGACACUGCCCAUCACUGUGGAUACAGGUGUUGAUUUUGAACUGACACAUACAAAGCAAAGAUAUUAUGAUGAAAUCCAUGACAGGCUGCUAGUCAUUUACAGAAACAGUGUUCAAACAGGAACCGUUAUCAUAAUAGUCAUCAAUAGUAUAACAAAUGGCAGUCUUAUUGUGGAUUAUGACGUCACUGUUCCAACGGACGCUGUGGCAGGUGUCGCUGCAGCUAAUGCUAAAUUAGCCAGCGGUCAGGAAACGGUGCAGGUCUUUGAUUAUAAUGCUACUGCUAGUGGUUUAACGGUUAACAAUGUUUCCUUGCCAACAGGGGGACAAUUUUCGGACACUUUAACUUGUCAGGCUUAUGAAGCAGCGGUAGGAAAAUGUUCGUAUAAAUGUGUUGUAACGAACGGCAACCCAUCUUGCGAAUCCAAAGACGACACAGAUCAUUUACCACUGAUCCUAGGUCUAGGUAUUGGUAUACCAAUGUUCUUCAUUAUUGUGGCGAUAAUUGUGUUAUGUAUAGUCUACCUUCAUUUACGAAAACAACGACGCUCUUCUGAAGAUGACAGAAGCUACGACGAGAAAUCCAGUGUAUUUGAUCAGAUACCUGUUCGUAUAAACACGGGUGUAAGAUCAGGACCGCUAAGUGGUAGCCAGGAACGCCCGGCGUAUGUGCAAUAUGCAGAUUAUUCUAUCGACAACGGGCAACGUUAUUACGAAUAUGACAAUGGUCCGGGUAGAGACACAAACUUUUCAUGGGAUUAUCUUUUCCGUCAACUGAGCCCGGGAGCACCCUAUAAAAUAAAGCGGCCAACUUUGGAACCAGGAUCACGUCGCUAUGAGGAGGAUUAAAGAUCAUUAUAUAACAAUAUAAACGUUUCGUGAUUUGUGUAGAAUUAAGCAUCGUGUGUCAGACUUAUUUUUCCCGCCAAGACUUGACCAAAUUUAACGACGUUGGGCAUUUAAAACAAGUUUAAUUUUAAAAAAUAAAUUUGAUGAUAGAUGAACAAUCGCGAUGACCAUGACACCUAAAUGAUAAAAUUAGAACGCAGUUAACUGUUUUAUCAACAAAUAAACGUUAUCAAUUAGAGCUAAAUAUCUCUUUAAUCUCCUAAUUUCUAAUAGGGAAGUAAAAUUUUUCCUGGAUUUUUUUUAAGAAACCAUAUCAAAUAUAUAUCAAUUGCUCAAAUUUGUUUUCAUUUUUUAUAGUUUAGUAACAGUUAUUGAUAAAUUUAAGUACAUUUAAGAGUUUUUCUUUUAUGAAAAAAAAAUUGUUGCAAUAUAAAAGUGUUCGGUUACCGCCAUUUAAACAAUAUUUUUAUAUUUAGAGUACUGUACAUAGAUGUAUAUAUACAUAUAUUGUUAUAUGUCAUAAAAACAUUACGCUUAGUUUUAACAUUUUGAAACCCAAAUUAGAUUUAAAAAACAUAUAUCUGUAUAGAGUAAUUACACUUAAUUUUUAGCAGUAUUAAAUACAACAAAUUAUUACACUUCGUAUUAGCAACUAUAAUUCAAUACAAAUACGAGUCACUGCACUUAGUUUUAUAGAAUUAUUACAUGUAGUUUUAGCAUUAAGAAAUUCAGUAAGUGUCCCCGCACUAAAGUUUUAUGGAAUCAUUAUAUUUAGUUUUGGCAAUAGCAAAUACGAUACAUUAAUUCUUUUCAGUUUAAUAGAAUCAUAACAUUUGCUUUUUAGCAUCCAGAAAUUCAGUAACGGUCACAGCAGAGUAAAAAUAUUUAGGUUAAUGAAUAUUAAAUACAAAAAAAUUAUUACACUUCGUAUUAGUCGUAUGACUAAGUUUUAUAGAGCCAACAUCGAGAAAUUAUAUGGCAGUCAUUACACUAGCGUCACCUUGAUGGCCUUAGUUCUCAUUUUAUUUUAGUUUAAUUACACUUAGUAAUAGCAUCAAGAAAUCCAUCAAGAGCUACGCAUUUAGUUUUAGCAUCAUAAAGUUCAGUUAGUUUCAUAUUAUUGACAAUCAUAUAAUUCCAAAUCAGCAUCAUCUUUUUUUCAAAUCUAUUUACAAGUUAUAUUUUAUAUUGUACUAUUAUACUAUUUUAAUAAAGUUUAUAUAUACAUUUAA